GGCCUAGCGAUUGGUCCCCAUGGAUGAUGGUGAACAGCGAGACUCCGCCCCCAGCCGGCCUUGGGGUCUGGGGGCACUGCUCAGCAGUGCUGGGCUGGCAAGGCUUGAGCCGCCGCCGCACUGACAGCUCCGUCUGUGGACCAUGGAGACUGGCGCCGGUCCACACCCGCUGCGCCUGUUCGUCUGCCUGAUGCCACUCUGCCUCGCUCUGCUUCUGGGACCCGGGCGGCCCGGGACCGCCGAGGAAGUCAUCCUCCUGGACUCCAAAGCUUCCCAGGCUGAACUGGGUUGGACUGCACUGCCGAGUAACGGGUGGGAGGAGAUUAGUGGCGUGGACGAACAUGACCGUCCCAUCCGGACAUACCAAGUUUGCAACGUGCUGGAGCCCAACCAGGACAACUGGUUGCAGACGGGUUGGAUUAGCCGCGGCCGUGGACAACGCAUCUUCGUGGAACUGCAGUUCACGCUGCGGGAUUGCAGCAGCAUCCCUGGCGCCGCAGGCACCUGCAAAGAGACUUUCAACGCUUACUACCUGGAAACUGAGGCCGACCUGGGACGUGGGCGUCCCCGCCUAGGAGGCAACCGGCCCCACAAGAUAGACACUAUCGCCGCUGAUGAGAGCUUCACGCAGGGCGACUUGGGGGAACGCAAGAUGAAGCUGAACACAGAGGUGCGUGAGAUUGGCCCCCUCAGCCGGCAGGGUUUCCACCUAGCCUUCCAGGAUGUGGGUGCAUGUGUGGCGCUGGUCUCGGUACGUGUCUACUACAAGCAGUGCCGUGCCACAGUGCGGGGCCUGGCGGCCUUUCCCGCCACAGCAGCUGAGAGUGCCUUCUCCACUCUGGUGGAAGUGACUGGAACGUGCGUGUCCCACUCAGAAGGAGAGCCUGGCAGUCCUCCCCGCAUGCACUGUGGCGCCGACGGCGAGUGGCUGGUGCCCGUGGGUCGUUGCAGCUGCAGUGCAGGAUUUCAGGAACGCGGUGACAUCUGUGAAGCCUGUCCCCCAGGGUUUUUCAAAGUGUCCCCAAGACGGCCCCUCUGCUCACCAUGCCCGGAGCACAGCCUGGCUCUGGAGAAGGCCUCUACAUUCUGCGUGUGCCAGGAUACCUACGCUCGCUCGCCCACUGACCCGCCCUCAGCUUCCUGCACCCGGCCACCGUCCGCUCCACGGGACCUGCAGUACAGCUUGAGCCGCUCCCCCCUGGCGCUGCGGCUGCGCUGGCUGCCGCCUGCGGACUCCGGCGGCCGUUCCGAUGUCACCUACUCGCUGCUGUGCCUGCUCUGCGGCCGCGACGGCCCGGCGGGCGCAUGCUGGCCGGAACCAUUCAACUUUUGCACCAUUUCCCGGACCUCUUGCCAGCACCGGACAUUGCUGAUCGUGGGUCGCUCUGACUGUAGAACCAAGCCGGAUGAGGGAAACUGGGUGGAGGGGAGGCAAGCAGGGUUUUCCCUCCCACUAGACAAUGAAGAAGAGAGAAGCCUUGGCCAGAGAUUCUCUCCUCCAACCUCUGGUCCCACAGGCCGCGGCCCCUCAGGCCGGCUCAACAGUCCGCAUCUCCACCCACAGGCCACGCCCCCAUCUAACAUUGCGCCCAAGUGCAUGCCCCGCCCCUCCUGCCUUCACCCAGAUCUUGUGGGCAGUGGGUCCAGGAGGAGCGUCCCACUCUGCUUACCUUCAGCACCCUGGGAGGAGGAUGAGAUCCGCAGGGACCGCGUGGAACCUCAGAGCGUGUCCCUGUCAUGGCGGGAGCCUGUCCCUGCUGGAGCUCCCGGAGCCAACGGCACCGAGUAUGAGAUCCGCUACUAUGAGAAGGGUCAGAGCGAGCAGACGUACUCCACAGUGAAGACAGGGGCACCGGCUGUCACUGUCACCAACCUGAAACCUGCUACCAGAUACGUUUUUCAGAUCCGGGCGGCCUCCCCAGGGCCUUCAUGGGAGGCCCAGAGCUUCAACCCAAGCAUCGAAGUGCAGACCCCAGGGGAAGUUGCCUCGGGGUCCAGAGACCAGAGUCCUGCUGUCGUGGUCACCGUUGUGACUGUCUCAGCCCUGCUGGUCCUGGGUUCUGUGAUGAGUGUGCUGGCUAUCUGGAGGAGGCCCUGCAAUGGCAAAGGAAGUGGGGACGCCCACGACGAAGAGGAACUGUAUUUCCACUUCAAAGUCCCGACACGCCGCACGUUUCUAGAUCCCCAGAGCUGUGGCGACCCGUUGCAGGCUGUGCAUCUGUUCGCCAAGGAGCUAGAUGCCAAAAGCGUCACCCUGGAGAAGAGCUUGGGAGCAGGACGAUUUGGAGACCUGUGCUGUGGCUGCCUGCAGCUGCCUGGUCGCCAGGAACUGCCUGUGGCCGUGCACACCCUGAGGGAUGGUUGCUCCGACUCCCAGAGGCUCAGUUUCCUGGCUGAGGCCCUCACCCUGGGGCAGUUUGACCACAGCCACAUUGUCCGGCUGGAAGGUGUUGUCACAAGAGGAAACCCCUUGAUGAUUGUCACUGAGUACAUGAACCUCGGGGCCCUUGACGACUUCCUCAGGCAUCACGAAGGGGAGCUGAUGGCCACACAGUUGAUGGGUCUGCUGCCUGGGCUGGCAUCGGCCAUGAAGUAUCUGUCCGAGAUGGGCUAUGUGCACCGGGGCCUGGCAGCCCGCCGAGUACUUGUCAGCAGCGGCCUCAUCUGUAAGAUCUCUGGCUUUGGGCGGGGUCCCCGGGACCGAGCCGAAGCUGUCUAUACCACCAUGAGUGGCCGGAGCCCAGCACUCUGGGCAGCUCCCGAGACGCUUCAGUUUGGUCACUUCAGUUCUGCUAGUGAUGUGUGGAGCUUUGGCAUUGUCAUGUGGGAGGUGAUGGCCUUUGGGGAGCGACCCUACUGGGACAUGUCUGGACAAGAUGUGAUCAAGGCUGUGGAGGAUGGAUUCCGGCUGCCACCCCCCAGGAACUGUCCCUCCCCACUGCACCGACUGAUGCUUGACUGCUGGCAGAAAGACCCGGGGGAGCGGCCCAGGUUCUCCCAGAUCCACAGCAUCCUGAACAAGAUGGGGCAGGAGCCGGAGCCCUCCAAGUGUGCUGCGAACACCUGUCUCAGGCCUCCCACCCCCUUGGCUGACCGUGCCUUCUCUACCUUCCCCUCCUUUGGCUCUGUGGGUGCCUGGCUGGAGGCUCUGGACCUGUGCCGCUACAAGGACAGCUUCUCUGCAGCUGGCUACGGGAGCCUGGAGGCUGUGGCCGAGAUGACCGCCCAAGACCUGGGGAACCUGGGCAUCUCUUCCGCUGAGCAUCGGGAAGCCCUCCUGAGCGGGAUCAACGCCCUGCAGAGUCGAGUGCUGCAGCUACAGGGUCAGGGGGUGCAGGUGUGAGCAGCUCAAUCCUGCCCAAGGACCUGUAAGCUACACUCCCCUUGGGUGGGAGGAGUGAGUGCUCUCUCACUCCUAGUGGGCCCUGAGCUGGUUGGUACCACGUUGUUCCCCCCCAUUUCAUAUUUCCUCUCAACACCUUGCUGACCUAGUGGUCCUAAAAAAGAGGUUCAGAUCCCUGGAGAGGACCGCAGAGAUAACAGUAGGAAGAAUUUUAGGGUGUCAAGGGCAAAGCUGGUUGGGGAAGACAGUCAAUUUCAGUUGUCCUGCUUGAGGUCCCUUGGUCUUCCAUGCUCACUGGGGAUUGGGCCUAAUCAGUGGGCAUCUCAUUUCCCCAGGGAGUUUUUGGCCUGCCAGACCGUAAGGGUCCCUGAGCGAGACCCAUUGGUUGUGGCAGAGGCCACAGCUGCCUGGGUACAGGACCCUGGACCAGUGAGUGGUGUUCCUUACUUCCUAUGCCUUGGCUAGGUCUGUCUGAACCCCAGUGCCAACGCCCAAGCAGGAAAGUGGUGCUGAGCUCAGGGACUGGAUCCCCAGGCGGAGACUCCAGAGCUUCUUCCUGCCUUGGGUUGGCAGGGCAGGAUGAGGGCCGGGCUCCUAGUAGAUUAUACAGGUCCUGAUGCUCCCCUGGGCCUGGCUGUCUCAUUUCUUUUGGAACUGAUUCAGAAGAGCACAGAGUUGGGGUGGGGUCGCUCUGCAUUCUGGAGGGUAGAGAGAAGGAGGAAGAGACUGAGGAGGGAGUGGUUUGAACAGACAGGUCCAGCCCCACAGUGUAGAUGGGAAAGUCAGAGCCUGUAAUUUCAGAGCCAGGGUUGAUGCCAGACCAAAAUCCAGGGAGAAGGUUGGCUCUGGAGAAGGUUGGUUGCCGUUCCCCAUGGCACCAGCACUCUUCCCUGGGCAGCCCAGGGAACCCUCACUGAGUGAGCUCCUCCAGGCUGCUCUGCCCUGCAUGCCAUGCUUCCUCGGUACAGUGCCUGCCUUCCUGUGUGUUGCACAGAGCCCCGAAAGGAGUGUGGUGCUGAGCUGACCAAUCUGCAAGGGCCCUGGUAGCUGGGAGAGUUUGACACCCAGCCAUCCUGGGAGGGCGGGAAGACUGCUGGGUGUGGACAGGACUGCUAGGGCCAAGGUUUUCUAUAUCACUCCGGAUGACCCCCUGCUCUGUUUUUACAGUGGCAGGGAGGAGCAGUGGCAUGGGCUAGGACAGAGCAGUGGGGAGUGGAGAUGCAGGAGGGGACUUCCCCUGGGGGACAGGGAGAAUGGGCAAGUGGACCGUUGACAUGUAUGUGUUGAGGGAUGUCCAGAGGGCUUCUUAGCUAAAGCCAGAAUUGAAUAAAGCCUUGAGGGGUAGAACUUUCUCUCCCUAGCGCGGAGUUAUCAGCAGGUUCAGAAACCAAACAGGGAUCUCUAACAGAGGGUGUGGGGGCUGAAAGCCACAGCAUCUUUGGGGAGCACCCCAUCAUGAGGGGCAGACUCAGCAGUGCCUUUGGCCUUGCCCUGCCAGCAGCAGCUCCUCCCUCAUCAGAGCCUGCCCCAUUGCUGGCUCUUUGCUGGGCAGCUGAACUCAGUGACUGCAGGAAUGCUGGAAUAGACUGGGAUACUGCGCCCACCAUUGACAGAACUGGGGAAACUGAGACUCCCCCCUGAGGCUCUUCCUUCAUCUUCCUUCAUUCUCCCUCCAGGGAAAACUGGCCCAUCAUCCAGGGCUCAUGGGACCAGUACCCUGUCUUGGGUGAUCAGAACCUCACUCCUAUCUCAGCCACAUCAGUCACUGUCAGGGUCAAACUCCUUCCCUCCCCAGUUGUCUGCAGAGGGUUCCCUGGCUAUGUUGGCAGGACUUCGGUGUCCAGGGUAGACCUCCCCUCUAAUGAGGAGUGAGGUCCUAGAAUCCUGAGGGGUCCGAGGCCUCAGGCCUGCACAGGCACCAGCAUGACACAGGGUGCUGGGUUGCCAGGGACUCUCCACGGAUCUAUUUUUAUACAUGGAACUUGUUCGCUGGAUGGAGAGAGGUGGCCUGGAACCCAUAUUGCCCUGUCUGCACCCACCCAGGGAUGGAGGGGCUGCUUGUGGGUGGAGGCUCCUUUGAGGAACUCCGGAGAUGUUUUUAUAUUUCUUGGGUUCUAUAUGCAGUACAAAGUAAUAAAAGCCUGUCUGUGUUACUGUC